UAUCAAAACGUCGUCACUCUCGUCGCUGCUGUUCGUUGGUGCUGACCUAGCUGAAAAUCGAGUGCUCUUCACUCCGUACAAGCACUUUUCGCGAAAAUAAUAAGAAGAAACUUUCUCUACUCUACUAGUCAAAUUUUCCACCGAGUUUUAGGAAAAUAUCGUCAAUUUUAACUGCUAUGGUCAUCGGUUACUUUGAAAAGUUCAAUUCGAAUAGUGAAAACUGGAUUUAAUACCCGUCCAAGUAGGCGACGGAUAGUGAAAAUUUUGGUUUACCCGUGGUGACGAAAAUGGGACGGAAAAAUUUGCUGCUCUAAUGUCGCAUUGCGGAUGUUGAAGAACCGUUGUGACGGAAGCAGCACGUAACGAUACAGGAAAAGAAAAAUCUUCCAGGAGGCAAGGAAACAAUGGAGCGAAGCGAUAGUCACUAUGUUCUGUGAACAAACGAAAAACGGAUCCAGUUGAGUCAACGAAAAAUUGGAGCUGUGAAUAUUUUAUGCUGUUGAUAACUAAACGACACAAAAAAGUCCUGUUGGAGUAGGAUCGUCAAAGUUUCCGGAAAACCAGGAAAUCUCGUAGUAUAGUUACGUUUGUAUCGACUAGAAACCAACCAAUCAUCGGCAAAAUGGAUCGAAAACAUUGGAUUCUUAUUCCGAUAGCGCUAGUAGGAGUAUUUUGGUUUUGGAUUCCACAGGUGUCAGCCGAGUGCCAAACCCGAUCGAUCUAUUGUUACGAGUGCGACAGCUGGACGGACGCCCGCUGCAAGGAUCCCUUCAAUUACACAGCGCUUCCCCGCGAUCAGCCGCCCCUGAUGGCGUGCAACGGGUGUUGCGUAAAGAUGGUGCGACACUCACGGACGCCUUAUGAAGUUGUAAGACGAAUGUGCACAUCACAAUUACAGAUAAAUCUCUUUAUGGUAGAUCACGUGUGUAUGAUGGAAAGUUCAGGCAAUGGUCAUAUGUGUUUUUGUGAGGAAGAUAUGUGUAACUCGAGCCCCAGCUUAUUUAUCACUAAUCAUCUCAAUGUGAAGAUGUGCGUCAGUAGCGUAAUAGCCGUUUUUCUACUAAAUGCCGUGCAGAGAGUGUUGCGGUAAACCGCGAGAGCUUUAUUCCCUUCAAACUGGCAGAUAACUGGGAAAACGUGAAACCAAAACUACGAGGAAACCCCUUUUUAUAGUCGGUAGAUAAUUGAACGCAAAAACUAGUAACGCAUUACAUGAAGGUUGUUUUCGUUCCUGGAAAUGAACCUUGGAUGUUAUGAGUUAUUCCUAGGUCUUCUCUAGCACUGCAUCGCAAAGCCUUUUUAUAUCAUGCAGAGAGAAACUUGAAACACAAAAUUUCAGAAACACUCCAGCUCAUACACUAACAUUUUAGAUUAUCUCCAAUUGCAGACUGGCUUACGAACAUCGAAAUCUCUUAUCUGAUUGAGUUUUUUGUAGACCUUGGUUCUGUAUUUUAGUUCAGAGUUACCUCCCUUCGUUGAAGCUAUUAAAACACAUCGAACCCUUGUCCAGAGCUCAUUCCGGACAGCUACUGUAAUCAGUAUGUCAGAAUGCAAAGGUUGAACAUGAAGUUAAACUUUUCUAAGAAUUUCCAAUAACUAGUACAAUCAUUUAGACCUUUCUACGUUUCGUUUUUCAUGGAAAAUAUGAAACCGAUCGAAAUGAAUCACAUCAUUAUUACUAAAGUCCCACUGUUCUAGAAUUGUUUAGAAACCCAAUCCAUAAAAAUAUUCUCAUUUAUCCUCAAUCAAAUGAAUUGUAUCAAUAUUUAUAAGUCUAAUAUUCAUUCUUUUUUGAUUCCUCUUAGUAACUGCAUGUGAACAAAAAAAACUAAUUAUAAAAUAAGUUUGUUUCGUUUUCCAUUCAAUCUUUUUCAAAACUAACCACUUUAUCACUCAAGUCCUGCAAAGAAAAUCUCUUAUCCUUUAAUAGAUAGUCUGUAUUAUACGAGUUUCUCCACCCCUAGUAAAUCUAGAGUUGAAUUAUUAGUUACGUUCCGAUUUCUUUUUCAAAUUUUUAUAGUUACCCAUAGCGUAAUUUAGGCCAGUUUUGAAACGAAUGAGCUAACGAUUUAUCACACUGAACAAUACACUUAAGAGAGAUUUGAGACAGAUGCAUAUAACAAACGCAUAAUAGAGAAGAAGAAAAAAGUCAGCUUAGUGAUUGCGAGUGCGUAGAACCAUUUCUUCGAGUUCACCUGUUAUUGGUUUGUUAUGAAUCGCAACUUUCGCAGUAGUUAGAGUUUUGUAAUGCAAAUAAAAUAGAAACACUUUUACACAUUUAUACACCCGUCCAUUACAUCCAUUUGGUAGUUGAGUUCUAUGACCCUGACGUUACGUUGAUAGAUAUAGUUAAUUAAAUCAUCGAGUCAUUUGUCAUUUUGUACAUAGUCAAGUCGAAACAUUGUUUCCUUCUAACCGAAAAAAAAACAAAAAAUAUCAACUAAAAGUCUAUACAUAUAUCUAACUAAAAACAUAAACAGUUGCUCAGCUUUCCCACACUAUUUUUGCAAUAGUGAUAUUAAUCAAGCGAAUUCUCUCGAAUACCGGAAACGAAAAUGGCGUCACCGAUCGAUGCCACCCGGAAAUUGAUGAUCACGAGAAGAAUCGUAAAAGAAAUGUGCUAACGGUUAAAGUUUUCUUCAUGAGUUUACUUGUACAUAUAGACUUGGUUCACUUAUAGAGUUUUCAUUUAAAGUUUUCUACUGUAAUCGCAUGUUCGUUUGUUUUCCAUUACACUUUGUAUCCUUUUGCAUGCUGUUGAUAAGAUCUAGUCAUGUUUAACUUUGGAAAAUGUUUGCAGAUGGCUUCAUUUCACUUGCGAUGAGCGAAAUGAAAUGUUUUUAAUAUCAUCUAUGGUCAAAGGUGUAGUAAUAUCAUAAUAAUUCUUUGAGUUAGAUUCGAUCAUUCUGGGGUCUAAUAAUCCGUGGGUAGAUUUUUUUGUCAAAAAUGGCUCGAAUGUUUAGCUUUCGAGCAUACUCUUAACAGCUUAAGGAAGAGGUUUCUGAAACCAAAGAUGACCACCACAAUGGCUCGCAUUUUCAAAUCUUGUUAGCCAGAAUAACUACAAAACUGAAAAUGCAACUCAUGGCUAAAUGCACUUGCAACAAACAGCGAUUAGCAUUUUCAGCGUGAUACGUUUGCUAGAGCUCUUGAUUUGAGCUCAAGUAAUCAUGAUGCUUACUAAAUCUAGACGCAAUGCACCUUAUUCGCCUUGAAGAUUAUAGUGUUAAGAUGAAAAUUUCGAACUAAGAUUCACGUCACGAGCUGUUCAGACCAGCCAAAAUCAAAAUAAUACGUAAAACUGUGAGGAGGCUACGAUUAGGAGCCUAAAUUAGUAUCGGGGCAUAACCGAACUCUAGCUACCGUGCAACUUUGAAAUUAAUCAAGAAUAUGGAAAUUCUACCGACCGAAAUUUCAGCAACUUAUGUAAAUCAGAUAUCAUAAAUAUCCUGAAAUAUAUCCAUUUCGAGAUAAUGCGGGACAUAAUUUAUGUUAAUCAGUUAAAGGAAAAGAAUGCAAAAGUUAAGAGUAUAAAUAUGACACUUCAUCUCAGAGCUUUUUUCGUUAGAAUCGAGAACAUUUUAGGUGAUUUUAGCUAAAACUGCCAAUGCUAAUAAACACUUACAAACAAUCUGUUCUACAAUCACUAUUUGAUGAAGGUUCUAAAAGUUCAUCACUUAUCUCUGACAGCCUUUUUAUAGUACAACUUUAAUGGUCUUAAAUUUCUUAGCGAAACACAUUUUUUUACAAAUUAGGGCCAUUACAAAAAAAGUCGGAAAUUUCUUUAAAAAAUUAAACGCCUAGAAGUGUGCAAUGCAGGGUUCAUUCGAUUUUGUUAGGAAUGUACUUAUUUACAUUACAAAAAGGUGGAUUUAUACUCGAUCCAAUGUCGAAACAUGAGAAUCAAUCGAUAUCUAGUCAGAAAUAUAAUUUUAUACAAAUUUAUAUAAACUUAUAAUGAUGUGUUACACCUAAAACACUUUUGUAGAUGAUUUUUUAUAUUAAUUCCGUACUUGAAAACACAAAAUUUAAUCCACGUUCAGAGAAUUUUUAUCCAAUCUAGUUCCAACUGCAAUAAUUACAAACAGUAGUUUGAUUGUGGAUUUCCAUGUGUUCACAUAUACAUUAUAUAAUAUUCCCCGAAACCGAAAAUCGACUAACGAACAUAUGGAAAAUAAUAAGUAAAAACUUCAAUUGAUAACUAAGAUACAAGGACUGUUUUCCAAAA